UUUAAAUGAGACCUGUAGAUUUUGUUUAAAUUGUUAUUAUUUUAUUUAAAUAAAUUGAAUUUUAAAAAUUUAUUGAAAAAUAAUAAAUUAGUUUUCAGUAGCAUGAGAUACACAGCAAAAGUGGUGCUAAAAAGUAGGAAAUUGGUAAUGAUACAGCCCUUCAUUAAGAAACAAAGAAAAUCACAGAAAAUUUAAUUUUCCAUUUAAGGCGAUUGAUAACAGAAGAAACUAAGUUAAAAGCUCAAAGGAAGAAAAUAAUGAAAAUCAGAGUAGAAAUAGCAUAGAAAAAAAACAAUAAAAGAAAGAUCGAUGAAUCUAAGAAUUGGUUUUGUGAAAAGAUAAAUGAAAUCAAUAAACCUUUUACUGGGUUUAUAAAGAAAAAACUAAUAAAAGAAAUUACACAGAUAUAGAAAUACUAAGGGUAAUGAGGCUACUAUGAACAAUUCUACGCCAAUAAAUUUGAUAACCUAGAAGAAAUAGGUAAUUUUGGAUAAAUAUAGCUUAAUAAGAAUGAAACAAAAAAAAGACAGAAAACAUGAAUCAAUCGUCUCCGUCACGGAGACACGCGAAGGUCGGUUGGUUAGUGGAUCGUGCGCGCGUCCCACUGGAAUGGAGUCCGUCUCCCCUUCCUCCUCCGUAGACCGGCAGUUGCAGUGCUUCAUUGAGGCAGAGACACAGAAGCAGAGCUUCCAGCAGCUGGUACAUCAAAUGACAGAACUUUGUUGGGAGAAGUGCAUGGACAAGCCUGGGCCGAAAUUGGACAGUCGGACUGAAGCCUGUUUGGUGAACUGCGUUGAGCGCUUCAUUGACACAAGCCAGUUCAUCUUAAAUCGACUGGAACAGACCCAGAAAUCCAAGACAGUCUUCCCAGAACGCAGUUUUGACUGA